GUACAUACAAAUAUAGUUUUUAAUCUGUGGAUAAUGGAUUUAAAAAGUUAAAUACCAUAAUUUAUUAUUAAACUAUUUGCUUGCAACUUACUUGCUUACUAGGUUGAUAUAAAAAAUUGAUUAUAUUAUUAAGAAAUAAUGUGAAGGAACUUAAACAUUAUCAAAAAAUAAAUAGUUAAUAAUUUUAUACAUUAAUUUAAAAUGAGGUGUUAAUCAUUCAGUUAUCAUUUACCUCAAAAUGCAUGGAGAAAGUUUGGCAAAUGGGCAACUUAAAAAUGAAAAACUUAAGAUAUCACAAAGUAACAGUAAAAGCCCUGAUAGUAUAAAAGAUAAAAGUAUAGUUUUAGAUAAACAAGACAUUCAAGAUGUAGAUAUAGAGAAAGAUGUAGAUGCAAGCUUAAGUGCAGCGCAGCGUGCACGGGCUGAGCGCAACCGACAGCGUGCUAAAGCUCUGCGUGAGGCCCGUCUUGUCAAGCAGCCCCUCAUAAGCAAAAUAAGUGAAAACUGCAUUCCACGAGCUAUCGACUCUGGUGGUGGCUUUCUACUAGAGGAGACAGAGGAAGAUCCAUUGCGGCCAGUGGCUGAACCCGCUCCUAUUGUGCACCAUACUGAGCAGCCUCACUGUUUGGAGUGUGAGCGGCCCUUCCCGCAGUCAUACCUCUUUGAUACAUUCGAUUACAGUGUAUGUGAUGAAUGCAGGGACGAUAACGAUAAACAUGUUCUCAUCACAAGAACCGAAGCUAAAAGUGAGUAUCUACUGAAAGACUGCGAUCUAGACGCGCGACCGCCCCCGCUGCGGUGCGUGCGGCGGCGCAACCCCCACCGCGCGCGCUUCGCCGAGAUGCGGCUGUACCUGCGUGCGCAGGUGGAGGCGCGCGCGCUCGAGGUGUGGGGCUCGGCCGAGCAGCUCGAGCGCGAGCGAGCGGAACGGGACGAGCGGCGCGAGCGCGCCACGGCCACGGCGCAGCGCCGCCGCCUUCGCGCGCUGCGCAUGGACGUGCGCUCCAGCCUGUACGACCGCACGCGCGACCUGCACGAGCACGACUACGGGCCCGAGCGAUACGACGCUGACAACGACGUGUACGAGCGCACCUGUGCCUGCGGUCACGUGCAGACAUAUGAGAAGAUGUAAUAAAACCAUACAAGUCCAUUGAUAACACUGUGAAUUUACAACAGGACAAAUGUAAC